CUGAGCGGGCCUCGGUAUGACAUGUCCGUCUGUAAAUAUAUCCUGAAGGUAAUGGGCGGUCCUAGCUUCGAGGACGUUCGAGGAUGCUGAGUCAAGGAUGUCAAGGAGAGAGGCUAUUUUAACAAUACGUAGCCUAAAUAAGAUAUAUUUGUUAUGGAUUAAAGGACAACAUGUCGUUUCAAUAUAGUCAUGUGAAUAGAGAGGAAAAAGGAAAACCGUGAGAGUCAUUUUGAUCGACAGUGCGUCUUUGUCUGGAUUAAGCCUCAAUAAUGCAAGCGAGAGACAGAAGACAACAGAGCUGUUUAUAUUUCUCCAUCCAGCUGGUAAACGUAAUUUGAUAUGUAAUGGGCUUUUUGAGACAAUUGUUUUCCCUGUCUAGGAGUUCUCUAAACAUCCGCAGUGGUGAUACAUUAUCUAAUAGUGGACACAGUGAAAGCUUGAUAAUUUAUUUGGCGUUGGGUUAUUCUGAGUAGACAUAAUUUGAUCCAACAAGGCCUUGUGUAAACGAUAGGAGAAAACGGAGGACAUCCGUGUUUAAAUGCAAGCAUAGUGUGACGGCUUGGUCAUGAUGAUGCGAGAUGAGUCUUUAUUCACUUAUUUUCAAAGAUGACAUCAGUGUGAUGAUGAUGCAAUUUAGUGAAAGCUGUCACUUUGAUUUUAUAGCUCAGCAUCCAGUCCAGAUGAUGGGAUUGUAAUUUCACCUAUUGUGGUUUGUUCAUGUAUCUAAACAACUUGAAUGCAAGACAAACAUUGUUUCCCAUUCAUUUAUAACCAGGUUAUUACGCACACGUUUAUUUCUCCAGAGAAACUAGCCUGAUAAUUGAUCUGUUAUUGAUCAGGGCCUGCAACAAGCCCUCUUGGCCCUGACAGAGAUUGGCUGUUGAUGCUCUUAUCUCUAACCGUUUUCCUCUGGAGACUCUAUCAAUACCUCUCCAUGUUCAGCUCCGAAAGACUCACGGUACCGGAAUAUGUCAGCCGGAUUGGGAACCGGAGGUCGGGCAGCUCGAGCUCAUUCUCGGAACCGAAAGCACCACCGGUCUCACCGGGUGUCCACGGUGCCGACGUCCAGGAUGUUUUGGAUACCUCGCUCCCGGCCCUGCGCUCCGCUAUCAAGACACUGAAAUCAGCCAAAGAUACAUCGGAUCUAGACGAGACCCGCAGGGCCAUCGCAGAGACGUUCCAGUUAGUGGAGGAGGCCUGGGUUCUGCCUACUGUGGGCCGGCAGGUCGCGGAGGAGAUAUGCAACAGGAUACGACUGGACGGAGGACUGGAGCUGCUCCUGCAACUCCUCAUGACACCUGCUGUGGAGAUCACCUAUGAGUCUGCCAAACUACUGGAGCAGAUACUGGUCUCUGAGAACAGAGAUUACGUGGCUCACAUGGGUCUGGGGGUGAUCCUGAAUCUGACGAGGGAGACAGAGGACGCCCAGCUGGCCCGCAGCGUCUCAGGCAUCCUGGAGCACAUGUUCAAACACACCGAGGAGACGUCUGCCCAGCUCAUCGCCAACGGCGCCCUGGAUGCCCUGCUCUUCUGGUGCCGCGGUACCGACCCCACUGUCCUCCGCCACUGUGCUGUGGCACUCGCCAACUGCGCCAUGUAUGGCGGCCAUCACUGCCAGCGGCUGAUGAUCGAGAAGCAGGCAGCCGAGUGGUUGUUUCCGUUGGCGUUCUCCAAAGAGGACGAGCUCAUCCGCUUCCAUGCGUGUUUAGCGGUGGCCGUGCUCGCCAAUAACCGGGAGAUCGAGCAGGAGGUGGUGAAGUCAGGGACGUUGGAGCUGGUGGAGCCCUUUAUUGCAUCUCUGGACCCUGAUGAGUUUGCCAGGAGCUUGCUGGACAGUGCGGACAGCAUGCAGGGGAGGACGGCGGCAGAUCUACAGCAGCUCCUGCCACUACUGGAUGGUGCCAGACUGGAGGGGAAGUGUAUCGCUGCCUUCUACCUGUGUGUCGAAACCAGCAUCAAGUCACGCCAGCGCAACACCAAGAUCUUCCAGGAGAUAGGUGCGGUGCAGAGCCUGAAAAGGAUUGUCAUGUACUCCAGCAACGGGACAGCCUGUGCCCUGGCCAAGCGGGCACUGGGGAUGAUGGGGGAGGAGGUGCCGCGACGUAUCCUGUCCUCCGUGCCCAACUGGAAGGGUGGUGAGGUGCAGAGAUGGCUCCAAGUGAUUGGAUUCAGCUCUUACACUGAGCGCUUCCAGGAGCUGCAGGUGGAUGGUGACCUACUGCUGAACAUCACAGAGCAGGAGCUGAGCACUGACCUGGGCAUGACCGCAGGACUCACUCGCAAGAGGUUCCUCCGUGACCUGCGUGUGCUGAAGACCUACGCCAACUACUCGACCUGUGACCCCAACAACAUGGCUGACUGGCUGGGCGAGGUGAACCCACGCUUCCGCCAGUACACCUACGGCCUGGUGCAGUCUGGCGUGGACCGCAAGAACGUCCUCCACCUCACCGACAAGCAGCUCCAGUCAGACUGUUACAUAGAGAACGGCAUCCAUCGCGCCAAGAUCCUGGCAGCCACCCGUAGGCCGAUUAAGCCGUGUCUGACCGAUGCCCAGCCCCCUGGACCGGAUGUGUUUAUUAGCUACCGCAGGACUACCGGUUCCCAGCUCGCAAGUCUGUUGAAGGUCCACCUGCAGGUCAGAGGUUUCAGUGUGUUCAUUGACGUGGAGAAGCUGGAAGCAGGGAAGUUUGAGGACAAGCUGAUCCAGAGCGUCCAGCGGGCACGGAACUUCAUCCUGGUGCUGUCUGCCAACGCCCUCGACAAGUGCAUGGGCGACACUGGCAUGAAGGACUGGGUACACAAGGAGAUAGUCACAGCUCUCGCUGGGAAGAAGAACAUCGUCCCUGUCACUGAUAACUUCAUGUGGCCUGACCCAAACUCUCUGCCUGAGGACAUGAAAACCAUCCUCAACUUCAACGGCAUCAAGUGGUCCCAUGAGUACCAAGAGGCCACCAUUGAGAAGAUCCUGCGUUUUCUCAAAGGCAACCCCAGCCAAGACCAGACAGACUGUCCCAAGACAGACUGCCCUAAGGGGCCGCAAGGGCCACAGAAGAAACAAAGGCCCUUGAAUGGAGCUCUGGUCUGUGAUGAUGUAAAAUUGUGACCAUUAGUGAUCAGUAAUCAAUAAUGUCGAACAGAGCAUGCUCUGCGCUCUGGUUGGUCAGCUCUACACGUGUGCAUGUGAAGACACGUUUAAUAGUCUGUAUUUAAAUCAUAUGUUUUUCAGCACUUGUAAAUACCAUGUAGUGCUCUCCAAAACUGCAGUACCAAUGUCAUAAGCUGUUAUUAGCAUGGUCAGGUAUAUUGUUUGUCUCUCAGGAAAUAACCAGUGUGAAAAGUCAGCCGUUGAUGGCAUCAUGCAUUACACGUAAUACAAAUGUGGAGUAUCUCUGUUUCCUCUCCUUAGCACUGCUCUCUCAUUGUUCUAAAUACGCCCAUACUUUCAAAGAAAAGACAGCAUUCUGGUUUAUAGUAGCCUGAGUACCAGCCUGUUUGUGCUAUCAUUCCAACUCCUUGACAUGUUAGGCUUGGAGUUGGAAAGAGUACAAACAGAUCUGGGACCAGGCUUUUAGUAAUGUUCCAGUGUAAAGUACAUAGUGUAUUUGAAAUACUGUUUCUUUUUUUUCUUCUCAUGGUGCUUAAAUGGAAUUCUGCAAGCUCAUUGGUGGUCGACUAUUGCAUUGAUUUGAUGUGUCUUUACGAUUGUGUAACCUGGGUGCUGGCAAACCGCCUAAUCCCACAGAGAUGACCUCUGACCGAUACAGAUCGAGUCUGGUCCUAGAUCUGUUUAUGUGCUGUUUUGCCAACUCCUAUGGUCAUUGUCGUGACAAGGACCAUACGAGAUGUCAAAACAACGCAAACAGAUCUGUGACCAGGAUAGAAGAGGUCUACAAUAACUAUACUCAUUAUACACUUACACUCAUCUGCCCAGCGACAAUCAGGGGUUCACAAAGAACUCUCUCUCUCAACCAAACUUGAGGCAAUGAAAAAUACCAUUAUCAAUGUAUCUUGCACAUGUGAAAACGGAUAGACACUCUCUCUCACUGUUCACAAAGAUACAAUCAGUUGACAAAAACAAUAUCUACACUACCAGCUAAGGCUGAAGCUACUCUAUGAAAACACUUCCAUCACCUGCCUGUCAGAAAGUCUUGUAGUAUACAGUCACAACAUGCUGCGUUACUUUGUUCGGCUAAACUGAUGUAACUACAAUGCUGAUUUGUGGUUUGAUUCCUUCCUCACGCCAAAAGAGAUUCUGUAAUUGAUUUGGCUGAUUGACAGUCAGCCUUAGUUCACCAGCUUGUAUCUAUUGGAUAGAAGCAAUUCAGUAGAUAAAGGAUAUCACAUUGAGGGCAGAGCUAAAUACUGUAUACAUGGCUCACAUUGAGGAUCCUUUUUAGACCAGCAUGCACCACCCCUGUCUAAAUCAUUUGAAGUCUACUAUUAUCUGUGACAUGAUCAGAAAAACAUCUAACAAAACAAUCAUGCAGUUUCUGAUUAUCUGUUUAGAUAUUACUAACCAAGUGUUGCAAAAUGAGCACAGAAGUGAUCAAAUCACCAGGUUAUUGUAUUUAUAAUUCAAUGAAGUGGAACGCUAACACUUUACUUUAAACAUGGAAUUAUUAGGUUAUUAGUGACGUGUUUGUGUUGUAGAUUCAUAUCUGUUAGUGAUGUACAGUAGAUACUUAUGUACCCACACAGUACUAAAUGGUGUGGGGGAAAGGAAAACAAAAAAUGUCACCUCAGUCCCAAGUUACAGUAUUUGCUCUCAGCACUGCUAGCUAUAUCUUGACACUGUUUUGAUGGCUCUUCUGGGCUAUUUCCCCUGUUGCCUUAAUACAGGUAUGUUGAUUAAAUACUGUAUACAUAGACAUGUUCUUGUUUACUUUCUUUAUUCAAGAUUUAGGCAUUGUUGUCAUUUUACAAUAUAGUAGCGCAAUAAAAACAACUACCCCAGGA